AUGGGAUGGUUCUGGGCUGAUCAGAUACCUGUCGUCGGGCAGAUCCCCAGCGGCCACCCCGCCGGCUUUGCUGGCAAGGAGCCUCCUGCUGGCUGCCCGAUGCACAAAAAGUCGCUCGACAAGCUGAACGCUCAAGUUGAAACGACGAAACCCGCGCCCCCGAUUCCUUCCACCUCCGGCUGCCCUGUUCCUCACGAUCAGCGCGCCGCGGCCAUUGCUGCGGGCACCUCGAAGCCCGAAGCCGCCUCGGAGCCCAAAUCCAUCCUGUCGCAGCUCAACCCUCUCAACUACAUGUUCCCCGACCUGUCGCAAAAGCCGGCGCUCAACCAAAAGGUUGCACUACCGACGUCACGAGAAGAGUCGACGAUCCCCAAGGGCGACGGCGACGGCACGUGGGAGUACCCGUCCCCGCAGCAAAUGUACAAUGCGCUACUGCGCAAGGGCUACACAGACACCGACAUCACAGCCGUCGAAUCCAUGGUCUCGGUUCACAACUUCCUCAACGAGGGCGCCUGGGCGGAGAUUGUUGGCUGGGAGCAGCGCUUCCACCGCGGUCUCUACAGAGGCUGGCAGCUGUGCAAGCGCGGCGAGGAGCAUUUCGACGAGGAGAUGGAUCGCAACUGGGACGGAAAGGAGCCCGAUCCCAGUCUCAUCCGAUUCCAAGGUAGACCAAAGGACAUGACGCCCAAGGCGGCCAUGCUCCAGGUUCUGGGCUGGAUUUACCCAUCCAAGUUUGGAACCGAGCCUCCUUUUGACCGACACGACUGGUACGUCUCGCGCGAUGUCAACGGCGAGCAGCAGCAGAUUCGAUACGUCAUUGACUACUACUCUGGCGAGGCUGAGGAGAACGAUAACGAUGAGCCUGUUUUCUACCUCGAUGUUCGCCCCGCGGCUACACCUCAGGGAGCCGCCGAGAGAAUCAUCCGCUGGAGCAGUGACGUUUGGUGGAAGGCCAUCGGUGGUGACGUACGAGAGCAGAACCCGCAACCAUUCUUCCGUCACAACUCGCCCAAGCCUUUUGGCUAA